UUGAAUCGCUAACUUGUAUGUAUCUCAUAUAGUAUAGGAUAUUCUUUGAAAGAACAGUACACCGACACCGACAUUGAACUAUUUUAUUCUGACCGACGUGAGGUGAGGUUUAAAGUACACAUACCGCUAAAAUACCACAACAUUUUGCUAGCAUAUAGAAUUUAUCGACAUGGCUACAAAGAUUAUUAUUGGAGUGGCUUUGGUGCUCUUCUGUUAUGCCAGUUUGCUUAUCACUUGUCAUGCCUUGGUUUCCGGAAGUUUUAAACCAAGUUUGGAGGACAAGCAUUCAUCAGACACAAAAACAUACUGCAAAGAAAUGAAAUGGCUAAAUAAAUAUCGAAAAAAUCUUUGUCGUCGCUUCCCGGAAAUGAUCCCCGUCAUCGAGAGAGGUUUGAAACAAGCGCUGGAGGAAUGCAGAAGACAGUUUAGUUCGUACAGAUGGAACUGUUCGCCUCUAAAUUAUAAACAGGUGCUAAAUGAAGGUGGUAUUCUAAGAAAACGCUCUCGUGAAACGGCAUUGGUACAAGCUCUGACUGCGGCUGGUGUAAUGAUUGAGGUUGCCAAGACGUGCGUGAUGAAGAGAACAAAAUACUGUGGAUGCGGUGCACUGAAUCGACGAAUUAACAACGAAAUCUCGAUCCUUCAUGGUUGUUCUGACAACAUAAACUUUGGCGCUUAUUUGGCCACGAUUUUCAUGGACCCAAAAAGAGCCAAUACUCAUUCAAAAAAAGUAAAGCGACAUAAUCAUAUCGUUGGAAGAAGGAUUGUCCGUCAAAACACGCAACAAAAGUGCGACUGUCAAUCAACUUUAACGGGUUGUCACUACAAACUCUGCAGAAGAACUGUUCCCAAGAUCGAAACGGUUGGUCAGGAGAUUUGGAAGCUAUACCAGAAUCCAAUACGCUCAUUCUGGAACAAAACUAAUAAUAGACUUUAUAAAAGAGUGAGAUUGUCGCGAAAGAUAAAAACAGAUGGUAGCAAGGAAAUACAAGAUAAACUUGUUUUCUUUAAGAAGUCUGAGAAUUUCUGUGAGCCAAAUUAUUCCAUGGGCAUUGUUGGUACAUUUGGUCGUGCGUGUAAUCAUUCGUCUAACGGACACGAUGGCUGUGCUACGAUGUGCUGUGGACGUGCUUACAAAACAACGGUGUUGGUUGAAGAUGUUAAAUGUAAUUGUCGUUUUGUUUGGGGUGAUGUGUUUGACAUUAAGUGUGAGAUAUGUCAGGAGACACGAAUUGUGGAUAAAUGUGGCUAGUAAUUGGCCAUGUG